CUUUGUCAAUGUCAUUCAAUUUGUGUCAUUUCAAUAUUUUCAGUCAUGAAAAUUGCACAUUUUUGUUUUGUGUAGUUUAGAACUUAUUUUUUUGUAAUUUAAUUAAUACUUUCAUACAGUAUGAGUUCGAUUCCAAGUAUAGCAGGAUUGACCAACAAGGAAUUAUUCCUGAUUGAGUGCAAGGAACCAUUCCAAGAAAAAACACUUCGAGAUGAAACCACCAAAAAUAUACGCAGCAUCGUUUUCAGCCCUAAAGGGACAUAUUUGGCAUACAGGACCGAUAAGAAGGCUGAAAUCAUAAAAUGUGCAGACUGGUCAGUAGCAGCUUCCAUCAAUGGGAAUAUCAAAGAAAUGUUCUUUUCCCCACUCGAUACUUAUUUCAUGGUGUGGGAAAUGUUUGCCAUGACAAAAGAAAAUCCUGAGGGUAAAGCAAAUCUUCAUAUUUGUAAAUCCGACAGCGGGUCUGUGGUUGGAUCAUUUGUGCAGAAACAUCAGACAGGAUGGGAACCCCAGUGGUCCUCAGAUGAGAAGUUGGUAGCUCUUCAGAUAGCGGGCAAAGUUCUGAUCUAUGAAGAUGGCAAGCUCGACCGUUUCACCCACCAGAUCCAGAGCGAGAAACUGAAAUCAUUCAGCAUUUCACCCAGCCCGGCGCCUGCCUACUACUUCUCCGUGUUUAACUUGGGCAAGUCCGGGCAGCCGUCCUCAUGGAAGAUCUUCAAGUACCCCGAGUUCGGGCAGGCGCUGGUGAGCCGCUCCUCGUUCCAGGCCGACAAGGCCGCCUUCCACUGGAACCGCCGCGGCACCAACAUCUUCACCGUCACGCAGACUGACGUAGACAAGACUGGCGGCUCGUACUACGGGAAACAGUCGCUGUCUCACGGCGACGUAAAGGGAAAUUCUGGCAACAUGACAUUCAGCAAGGAGGGUCCGAUCCACGCCAUCGCCUGGAACCCCAACAACUGGAACGAGUGGGUGGCGGUGUACGGCCACGCGCCCGCCAAGGCCACGCUGUUCAACGCCAAGUGCGAGCCGCUGUUCGAGUUCGGGACCGGCGCCUGGAACUCCAUCUAUUACUCGCCUGAUGGGAACUAUGUGAUCCUGGCCGGCUUCGGCAACAUCGCUGCGGGGCAGGUGAGCGUGUGGGACGCGCGCUCCCCGCGGCGGCUCGGCGCGUGCGCGGCGCCCGCCACCACGUGGCUGCAGUGGGGGCCGCGCGCCGAGUGCUUCCUCACCGCCACCACCUACCCGAGACUCACUACCGGGAACCAAUACAAAAUCUGGCACUACACGGGCGCGCUACUCCACAAGCGUGAGUGCCAAGACAAGGAGCAACUUCUCUACCUGCUCUGGCAGCCUGGUACCUUCCCCAAGAGUGAGCUGUCUCGGGCUACCGUGCGCGGCAUCGAGGAUUCUACCCCCAAGCCCACGGCCGCUUACAGGCCGCCCGGAGCGAGGAACAAGCCGUCGACUUUCACGUUCCAUGAACAUGAGGCGCCGCAUAAGCCUGGGGAGAGUGGUGCCGCGCCAUCGAAAGCGGCCAUCAAGCAGAAAGAGAAGCGAGAGGCGCGCAAGGCCCGCAAGGCCGAGGAGAAGGCUCAAGACCCGUCCCCGCCCCGCGCCGCCGCCGCCGCCGCCCCGCGCCCCGCCUUCGUCUCCACUGGUGACCCCGACAAGGAUAAGAAGAUCAAGAAUAUUAAUAAGAAACUGGCUGACAUUGAGAAGCUGAAACAGAUGAAAGCGGCGGGCAAGCCAUUGGAAAUCAACCAGAAGCAGAAAAUCGAGACGGAAGCGGCAUUGCUCAAGGAGAUAGAACAGCUCAGGUUAUGAUAUCAUAGAAAUUGGUCUACUAUACUAAAAGAUAAUUUCCUUAACCGUACUAUUGUAGAACGUUGACUUGAGAAACAUAAUGCUAGCAGUUAAAGUUGUAAUUGUAUAAAAUAUUGUAGUUAGAUAAAUCUAGCGCAUUUAGGACAACAUUCUUAUAGCCUACUUGUAUUUAGAUUGUUACAUCUAAUCGUCGCUAUACUGCAAAAACCAACUAUCUCAAAUUUUUGCUCAAUAGUUUACCAUACUGCUUCAGUUUUUACGCAUUGUAUCUGCGAAAAUCCUGUAAAAUGACUUUUGUGAUUUAAUUGCUUUUCGCAGUAUAGCGACGUAAUAUUUUAAAAGAAUCGCCUUAUACAUACAGUAGUUGAAUAGCAUAUUCUUAUACAAUCUACCUAAAGUGUAGUGGGGGAGAGGCUAAGAGUAACUUUUAUUAUUUACUCGUAAGAGUCGUAAGAGGU